AUGACUGAAAGAGACGUACAACGAGAAGUUUUCAAUCUUUUAAAACUUAUAAAUGAAAAAAAUAUUCGGAGACUUCCAUAUAAUGAUGCAAAAGAUCUUGCAACUCAAAUGAGAAAUGAUACAAUAUUCACAUCAAUAACUGGAAAAGAAAUAUUAAAACAAAAUAUGAAAUAUGAGUCUCAUUUAAAUAAUCAAUAUGAUCAACCUAUAAUUGAUUUGGCAACCGAUGUUUUUUGGAAUACACGUUUAUCAAAUUUGCAAAGAAAUCAAUUUACGAAUUUAGCAAAUGAUGCUAACGUCAUCAAUGAAAUUCAUUUUCAAGCUAGUAAUGAUGCACAUUUUAGAAUGUCUCAAUUAUAUAAUCAUCAACAAGGCACUGAUAAUGACAUCUUUAAUGGGAUAAGAUUUUAUUAGUAUUAGUUUUCAUUAUGCGGGCAUUUCCUAUUAUUAUUAUUAAUAUUAUUAAUAUCUGUGCAUUUCUUAUUAUUAUCCUUUUAU